GACCGCUGAAUCGAUCAAUUACACGAAUCGAUCAAUUCACUUGAUAAUUUGGUGUUUGGGAAGUAAAAACAUCGUUCAAAAAUGAUUCGACAAAUUUGCUCCAGACGAAAUGUAUCGUUGUUAUCACGCCUUUGGUCGGGCAACCAAUCCAGUUCAAAACAAUCAGAACAACAAUUGACAGAUCGACUUCAGGAACGUUUUAAAGAGGCAAAGCACGUUAGCGUCGUGGACAUUUCUGGUGGAUGUGGUGCCAUGUAUGAAAUCGUUGUAGAAACUAAUGAAUUCAAGGGUCUAUCACGAGUGAAGCAGCAUCAAUUAAUAACAGACACACUCAAAACCGAAAUUAAAGACAUGCACGGACUUCGGAUACACACAUCGAUUCCAGACUCAUAAAUUGUUAGAUUGUUUGUUUUAAGCCAACACUGCAUCGAUAAUAGGACUAGUAAAAUGAAAAUAAAUUAUUAAAUUCUGAUAUGUUAAUUCAUUGAAGACGAUUAAAUGGAUUGUAUACCGUA